AUGCCUGUGUACGCAGAGGGCAUCCGCCACCAGCGGAACUGCCCCGUGGGUGCUGCUGAGGAAGCAGCAGCAGCAACAGCAGCAGCAGCAGCAGCAGCCGCAGCAGGUGGAUCAGGAGAUGGUUUUACUUCAACAUCUGAAGACAUAGGAGACAGUUCUGAAGAUGAGACAACGAGCACAGACUCUGAAGAUUACGCUCUAAGGAGACAGCGGAGACAGAGGAGACAGAGGAGACAGCAGAGACAGCAGGAACCUCAGAAACUCUGUACUGAUAAACGCUGCUGCACUUGGUUUGACCUCGCUAACUGGUUCGGCUACCUCCCCCUAGAACUGUCUCCUGCAGACUUUGAAGCUUGCUUCACUGAUGUCGCAAACGGAGGCCCCGGAUUAUAUGAAAAGUUGGUGGUGCUGGGAGCGAAGACGUUGGGGAUCGUCUCCGAGAUGCAUUUUUAUGAGAUGUAUGAAGAGGCUUCGAAAUGUACAAACACUGAAAAUCUCUACAAGUGGAUGCCUAUCCUCAUCGAACACAUCUUCUGGACACAGAGGCUGCGUUCUGAGCGCCGCCCCGAAGACAACGCGCUGCUGCAGGAUUUGCAGGAGUUGUUUGGUUAUAAGUUUGAUCAUCUGAUCCCUCGCAUUCGAGAAUGCAUAGAAGGGGCUCCGGUCCCUCAGCGUUCAGACACCCCAACAGGAAGAGAGUUAUUGAAGUUGUAUGCUGCAGAUUAUUUUAAUAAGCUCUCCGAUGAGGCGGGAGUCGAUCCCGCGCGACGAGCGUUGUGGGUGGAGGAAGAAGUACAUCAUUUUCUUUCAGGCCCAGCUGUCUCUGCAUUUGCGUAUGCAUGCGUCUCCUUGGGGCCCUACGUAGCUGCGCUCAAAGAAGAGGGACCUGUCAAGGCCCAGCACUUCGUUGAUAUGUUCGAGUCUUUACUUGCAGCCUGCUGGGUUAUCUCUACCGAAGAGAAGGCAAAAAUUUGGAUGCCUAGUCUCAUUCAGAGGCUGAGACAGACGCAGCUAAUGCUGCAGAUGGCUAAGGCAGGAGGAGACAAGUACUUUAUGAACAAAACCCCCUUUAAUAAGCCUUCCAAGACCCCUAUAGAUAUACGACAAGCCCCCAGCUCUAACAACGGCUUCAUCGAUCCCUUCGCCCUUUGGAACGUCGAUCCCAUGCGCAGACCAAACGCUGAAA